AUGACUUCAAAUUCUUCAGCUUCUUCCAUGAACGGAUGGGGACCGUAUUCAGGCGCGAGAGACUUCAACAGAAGCAUGCUUAUUAUAGUAUUCAUCCUUGUUUUUGUGAUCUUCUUCUUUCUUCUUCUUCGCGCGACUUCUCGCUUUCUUUACAGCCUUCGCACCCGCCGCGCUCAGUUGCAAGCUGCCAUGUCCGGGGAGCUGAAGGAACAGAUUGAGGCUGUCGUGCCGACGAGGCUGCUGGUGUUCUCUCAAGGGAUAAUGGAGACUUCGGCGACUGAAUGCGCCAUUUGUUUGUGUGAGUUUGUGGAAGGAGAAGGGCUGAGGGUUCUCCCAAAUUGUAAGCACUGGUUUCAUGAGAGCUGUAUUGAAGUUUGGCUUAGUUGUGGAGGAUCUUGUCCUACUUGUCGCACUAGUUGUGCGAGCAUGGCCAAAGAUGAAGUGGAAAAGAGAUGA